AUGCAAUGUGAAUAUGAAGAAAUGGUUUGGAGAUUAGGUAAUAAAACAACAAAAGGAUAUAGAUGCUACGGAGAGGGCAAAAUAGAAAUAAAAGAACGUGGAUUUAUUAUCGAUGGAAUUAGACGUAAAGAUCCAGAAGCAUAUCCACAACCUGAAAACUUUGCUGAUGCAUCGGAAUUACAAUUAAUUGCAAAAGACAUUUUGUAUUUUCCAAAAGGAUUGCAGAAGUUCUUUCAGCAUUUGCUCAACCUUGAAUUGACGCUGUCGAAAUUGAAGGAAAUCAAGCAAGAGGACUUAAAAGUCUUUCCUGAUUUACAAGCACUAAACUUAAACUUUAAUUUCAUUGAAGUUCUUGAAAAAGAUUUAUUCAAGUUUAAUCCAAAACUUAGAACUAUUCGAAUGCACAGCAAUUCCAUCAACUUUAUUGACCAAAACAUUGUUGAUGAUCUGAAAGUCUUGAGUGUUUUUAUACUUGGCUCGAAUACUUGCAUCAACUUUAGUGCUAAGAACAGAGCAUCGGUCGUGAAUUUUCUUACAGUAAAAAUCAAGAAUAAUUGUCUCAAUUAUGGCGAAUUAGAAAUUACAAAAAAAGUUGAAAAAACUGGAACGCAGCAUGGCAAAUAUUUUUGGGUUUUGGUGGGAUGUGGAGUGAUUGUUGGGGUGUUCUUGAUGUUUGCUGUUUUGAGGACUGUUUACUUGAUUCUUAAGAAAAAUUAAAUUGAUUUUCGGGUUUUGGUUCUUGGUUCUUGGUUCUUGGUUCUUGGUCCUUGGUUCUUGGUUCUUGGUUCUUUGUUCUUGGUUCUUGGUUCUUGGUUCUUGGUUCUUGGUUCUUGGUUUUUGGUUUUUGCUUCUUGGUUCUUGGUUCUUGGUUCUUGGUUCUUGGUUCUUGGUUCUUGGUUCUUGGUUCUUGGUUCUUGGUUCUUGGUUCUUGGUUCUUGGUUCUUGGUUCUUGGUUCUUGGUUCUUGGUUCUUGGUUUUUGGUUCUUGGUUCUUGGUUCUCGGUUCUUGGUUCUUGGUUCUUGGUUCUUGGUUUUUGGUUUUUGCUUCUUGGUUCUUGGUUCUUGGUUCUUGGUUCUUGGUUCUUGGUUUUUGGUUCUUGGUUCUUGGUUCUUGGUUCUUGGUUCUUGGUUCUUGGUUCUUGGUUCUUGGUUCUUGGUUCUUGGUUCUUGGUUCUUGGUUCUUGGUUCUUGGUUCUUGGUUCUUGAUUCUUGGUUCUUGGUUCUUGGUUCUUCGUUCUUG